UCCACUUCUCCCUCGCCAGGGAUUUAGGUCGCGCUCGGCACGAUUCUCGUGGGAAGGGUUUGAUCGAUACAAUCCAGUAGGGCGCCAUAGCCAGGUCGAUCGAGCUGCACAGGAUGAAGGUAACGCGUGGCGAGGCCCGGAUCAUCAAGCCCUCGGCUCCAGCGGCGGCGUCGCUACCGGCAUUCAUCCCACUGAGCAGCUCGGAUCUGGUGGUUCCUCGCGUCCAUGUGGAGAUUAUCUACGCGUUCAAGGCUCCGGCUCCUCCAGUGGCGGAUCUCGAGGAGGGACUGGCCAAGGUUCUCUCGGAUUACAGGGAAUGGGCGGGGCGGCUGGGCAAGGAUGAGAAUGGGCGGGCUGUGAUUGAUCUAAACGAUGAGGGUGUGGUCUUCAUCGAGGCAGAGAUCGAUGGCGAGCUUGAAAGUGUCAUGCCUUUCAAUCCCAGUCCACUGCUGCUGGAUCUGGUGCCUGUUAACAGAGGUGUUCCCGAGCUCCUCCUCAUCCAGGUAACCAAAUUCACUUGUGGUGGAAUCACUGUGGGAGUGGCAAGGCAGCACCAAGUCGCGGAUGGAGAAGGUGCCAGCGCUUUCAUGAAUGCCUGGGCCAGCAUUGUCAAGAAGACUCCAAUCGUUCCUCCAAAGCACGACAGGUCUUUCCUCAUGGCCAACGAUCCACCGCAGCCAAAGUUCGAGCAUCCAGAGUACAAGCGUCCUCCGCCCAAGGCGGACGCUACUCAGCCCGAGUAUCCCCCACUCUCGGUAAAGAAGCUCCACUUCAGCAUCGAUCUCCUCAAGAAGAUCAAGCAGUCGGCGACGACAGAAGGCGAUGCCCGAGGACCCUCUACGUUCGUCAGCCUCACGAGCCAUCUCUGGAAGUGCAUCACUCGGGCCCGUGGCAUCGAUGGUGAAGUCCAAACCCGAGUUUUGAUCGCGGCCAACGGGCGAAAGAGGCUCGUCCCUCCCAUCCCCGACGACUACUUCGGCAACGUCAUCUCCCACGCCAGCAGCCACAGCACCGCGAAGGAUCUCCUGGAGAAACCAGCAUCCUACGCCACGGAUCUCAUCCAGGCUUCCAUCAAGCGGCUUGACAACGAGUACAUCCGCUCCCAGAUGGACUGCGUGGAGCUCCAGCAGAAGAACCCCGUCCAGAUCGCGAGGAGUGGCAAGACUGUGCUGAGCCCAAACUUGAGCGUGACGAGCUGGGUGCAGCUUCCAAUCUACGAGCUCGACUUUGGCUAUGGAACUCCGGUGUUUGCUGGCGGGCCUUACGUGCCAUUCGAGGGGAUUAGCAUCAUGCUCCCUUCCUACACCAGGGAUGGAAGCAUCGACGUGAUCAUCGGCCUGUUUGAACCAGAUAUGGCCAAGCUCCAGGACAUUUGCUUCGAUGUAUAGCAAGUGGAAUCCAUCGCAAGUCCUUGACCGGAGCUUGAAUGAAUCGAUUGGCUCUUAUCUAGAAAAGCUUUCAUGAGUUCCAGAAUGGAGUGAGAAUCUAUACUGGAGUUUAUAUGGUGAGAGCACACUGUCAUUUACUAAGAAUCAAGAUUGAACGAGGAUAAACACGUUAAUUUCA